AUGUCAACGAAAAGCCCAGGAGGAGAAACUAAAGAUUCUGGAAUUGAUUCUUUGCUUUUGCAGGGAGCAACUGCCGCGAUUACCGGAGCGAUCGGUCAGCCUGAAUCCGGAAAUGAUGGUGCAGUAGAUGAAGAAUUCAGUAAAUUUAUACAUCAUACCUUAGGAUCUACGAUAGAAGAACCAGUGACAAGCAAGAAUGCCAUUGGAUUGCAUAAUAUAAAUGACCAUAUAGAAAAUCUGCUUGUUGAGUGUACAAAGAAAAACGCCACUACCGAGCCCACUUCUCCUGAAAGUACAGUUACUGAAAACAAGAGUGAUACUAGUGGACGUAUUGGUCCUGAAAAAGUGGUUUUUGAGAGUGAAAUUGGGGCAUUUAUUGUGGAUGAGGCAAAAUUAGUGUUAGCAAGUCAGAGUAACUUCAGUUCAGCAAGAGCCAAUGUGUGUGUAUACAAAGGCAAAUGGGUGUACGAAUUGAUGCUGGGAUCUAAGGGGGUGAUGCAGAUCGGGUUUUGUACCCACAAGUGUGUCUUUCACGAAGAGAUUGGUGUUGGUGAUACUGAAGACUCAUACUCCUAUGAUGGUAAUCGUAUCAGGAAAUGGAAUAUAGCCACCAGUAAGUACGGUGACGAGUGGCAAACGGGUGAUGUUGUCAGCUGUAUGAUAGAUGCAGAUAAUGGGAUCAUCUCAUUUGCCAGGAAUGGUAAAAAUUUAGGAGUUGCUUAUGACAACGUCAAACUUGGACAAGGAUAUGCUUAUUUCCCAGCUAUCAGUUUAUCAUUCAAUGAAAAUAUUCAAGCUAAUUUUGGUGCUACGCCGCUUAGAUAUCCUUUAUUCAGUUACCAACCUGUUCAAAACCCUCCAACAGAUGCUAUUAUGAAAGCCAACUUUCUUGUGGAUUGUUUAGAAAGGAGUUUGCCCUCAUUGGUUGAAAGUAAGACUUCUCCAAGUAUGAAACUGAUGUCAGAUCAAGCCAAGAAGAAUCAUGUCAAUAAAUUACUAGUUUGUACUCAUCUAUUUGAAAAAUUGACGCCUUUGCUGUCCGUAGCUUAUAUAGUUGAUGAUAUAUUCAUCAAGUUCCUAUUAAGACUUAUCGACAACCAGGAUCGGCUUGGAGUUCAACCACUUGUCGCCAAAAUGCUUGACCUUAUGUGGAUUUGCAUGGAGAGUCAUGAGAUAAAGAAAUGUCUUGAACUGUUUGCUGUUAUUUUAACUACAAAGUACAGAUAUUCACCAACAUCCACAGAAAUGAAGUUUCAGAUUAUGUACUUGACAUUGGCAUUGGCUGUACUUAGACAUGAAAAGACAAGAAAACAUUUAUUAAAACAUGUGUUAUUUAGCCGAGUUAGAUUUGCAUACAUGAUGCUUACCAAACCACCUGAUGAUGCAGUGUUAGCUGAGCUUUUACCGACUCCUUGGUGGAGAACAGAUGGGUUACAGCCAGCAAUUGUGCAAUGUCCACUUCCUGUGACUUUAUGUUUUUUUCAUCGAUUGAUUGUGGCUUUAAGGUAUUACUGGGAUAAAUAUGCAGAAGAAAAUCCAAUGACAGCAGUAAAGAGUAAAGAUGCCUUUGUACCACCACAUAUGUUUUAUGCCAAUAUUCUGGAUUAUUUUACACUCUCCAGAGUUGGUGGAUCAGUAUCAUCGCUUGAUGAAGAACUCAAAGAUGAUCUUGAAAAAGUUGAUAUCAAGAAGAAUUCUUCUGAAUUUAAAGGAGAAGGAUUUUCUUCAGUAAAAGUUAAAGAAGAAACAGAUCAGUGUAGUAAGAAGAGAGAACAGCCGUCUAGUGUAUCGUUACUAGAGAUAUUAGAUGGUAUUAUUAUGCUCUAUGACAUUGGUGUUCAUAAACAACUUGGUAAGAUGGCUGCUAUUUAUGACAAUGCAGCUGAAUUUGCUACUGCCCUUAAAGAAACUCAAAGAAAACUCAAGAAAUGUGGCAAUCAGAAUGCAGAAGUUUACAACGAUAUAAUGCAUUCCAACUCAGUGUUUGAAAAAAAGACCCUUGAACAUGCACGUCAUGUUGCUUGGGUAGCAACUCUUGUAUUUUCAAAGGACAAACAGGAUAACGUUGUAUUUGUUCUGAAAGCAGUAUUGAAGUCCAUCAGUGCAGCCCAUACUACAGGUAGUUUGUUUGGAUAUGUACCUGAAUUCUAUCUGGACACUUGUAUAAAUGCAUAUAAUGGAAUUAGAAACUAUUUCAGUCUCGCACAUCAACUGAAAAGUAUUCAAGGCAUACAAGAAUUGAUGGUGAAUUAUGGCGUCUUUUUAAGUCGUCAUUUUGCUGAUAAAAGAAUCAAAAGAUUUGAGAUUAAAGACACUGUCAUUCAGGCUAUGAUGUGGUAUGUUGCUAAUAAAGAAACUCUGACGCUGUUGGAAUCCAUGCCAAGACCUGAUCGAGUAGCAAUGGUAAGGUCCCUAUUAUCACCUUAUGAAAGCAGAACUUGGGCCCAGACUAAUUGGAUUCUGGUCAGGUUAUGGAAGGGUAAUGGUUUCGCUUUCCGAUAUGUCAAGCCACCACACAUUUUAUCGCCUAAGCCGAGUGAUAAGGAGAAAGAAGGAACAAUAUUACAAACUCCUUGCCCAUCUCCUAUUUUUCAAGAAAUUGUGAGAGAAGUUCUACUGGAAGAUGAUAAAUUCACCACUAACUUCCUGAACUCUGUACUUAAUCAGCUCAACUGGUCAUUCUCAGAAUUUAUUGGCAUGCUACAAGAGAUUUCACAUAUAUCAUCGAAAAAUGAGCCGCAUAUUCUUGAUCCACAACAACUUAAGUUAUGUGGUACUUGUUUUGAUUUAACUGUUGGAUUAACCAGAGUACUGGAAUUUAUCACGGCAAAAGCACAUGAAGUGUUCCUUGACUGGUCGAGAACAUCAGCGGAAUUAAUUCUUUGCAGACUAUAUCAGUUGAUAACACAUGUUUUAAACCGAGUGAUAGCACCUUGCAAUAUAUUUGAAAACGUUGUUAAAGUUGAUUUGCCUGGAAUGGACGGUGUAGAUAAAUUCCCCAUACUUGCUUCUGUAGCGGGAAUACUGACUAAUCUUAUAUGCAUUGACAAUCAGAAAUUCAAAGACUGUGCCAUCAAGACAUUGUUGGCCGAUUCUGGUUUUCAGAUGAAUACAUUAGAGUUUCUUAUGAGCGGCGAAGGACCCAGGGCUGCGACUGUCAGGGGUCAAAGACGAUUUGAUUCAAAUUUCUCAUUUAAGAAAUAUGAAGAAGUUAAUGAAGAAGAAGUGAAGAAAGUGGAAGAUAUGAUUGAGUCUGUUCAGUCACAGUAUAAAAUAGCCCCUCCACCACCCCAGACACCAGCAGAUGAAGAAGUUUGUACAAUAUGUUAUGCAAGACCCCAAGUCAAGAUAUUUCAACCAUGUGGACACAAAUCUUGCAGCUCCUGUGUAGAACAACAUCUGAUGAAUGACAAGAACUGCUUUUUCUGCAAAACAGAAAUUAAGAAAGUCAAAGACAUACCUCUCAAAUUAUUUCUCUGA